CACAUCGAGACAAAGAGAGGAAUAUCCUGACUGUUUCUCGAUAAAUUUGUGGUAGAAGAUUAUUCAGCCAACUUUAUGCCAUAACUUUCAGCGAAGAGAAGGACAAAAUGACUCCCUCAGAGAGGCGAGAUACGAUGAGGCUUGAAAGUCUUGGCGGAGCGAAGCCGAUAAAAGAACUCCGCGAUAGAGUAGUUCUUAAUGUCGGUGGCAAGGUUUUCGAGCCUUAUAUCAGCACGCUUAAAAACAUACCAGAUAUUCCACUGGCGAGGAUCUUAGACAAUCGCUCGAAAUUAGACUAUGAUCCCGAAUCGGGUGAAUAUUUUUUUGACCGACAUCCGGCAGUUUUUCAGCAAGUUUUGAACUACCUACAAACGGGGAAACUUCAUUGUCCCCGCAACAUCUGCGGCCCUCUAUUCGAACAAGAACUCGCUUAUUGGGGUUUAGACGAGCAACAAAUGGAAUCUUGUUGCUGGCCGAAUUACACAAAACACAGGGACGCUCAGGAAAACUUGCAAGCAUUGGAUUUCAGACCUAAAUACGAAAAUGCAGACGGUGAAAGAUCGAGGCAAAGGUUUUACAACGAUCCGACUCUGUCUUGGUGGCAAAGAAAUCAGCCUAUCGUCUGGGAAAUUCUAGAUGAUCCAUAUUCAUCCUCUACUGCGAAGGUGUUCGCCUGGGUCUCUCUGGGAUUCAUCGUCACAUCCAUCUUCACAAUCUGUCUGUGGACGGUUGAAUACUUCAAGGGAUUCAGAGAGGUCACCGUGACGCAGAAUGUGACGCAGAAUGUAACGCAGUCGACGGACACAACACUUGGUCGAAAUUAUACAUCGGUGACAAAAACGGAACUUGCUGGUUCUCAGACCCCCAUGGACGUGCUGACAAUAAUAGACUCGGUAUGCACAGGUUGGUUCACCUUGGAGUUUCUGUUGCGCUUGGCUUUCUGUCCGAGCAAGUUCCAAUUCGCCAAAAAGUUGCAAAACUGGAUUGACCUUUUGGUGAUAAUCCCGCUAUAUCUACUCCUGGUGUUUGAACGCACAACUCUGAUCGAAGUCCUAAACACAACGCGUAUUGUUCGCAUCUUUCGGUUCUUCAAACUGCUGUAUGACCUCCAGAUUCUGGGAAAGACUGUCAAGGCUAGUCGUCAUCAACUGGGUCUUCUCCUACUUAUUCUGCUCAUCCCUGUCAUAAUUUUCUCAAGCCUUAUCUUAUACACCGAGAGGCAGUGGGGAACAGAAAAAUCCGAGUCUGAGUUCCACAGCCUGCCCAAUGCAUUCUGGUGGGGCGUCAUCACCAUGACAACCGUAGGAUACGGUGACAUUGUCCCGGCUUCGUUUGCGGGCAAGGUUGUGGGUGGCAUCGCCUCCAUAUGUGGCAUCAUCAUCCUAUCCACGUCUGCCUCUGUGAUCGGCAGCACCUUUUCGCUGUACUACAACCUGGCCCAAGCACAACUCAAGAUCCCACGGAAACAGCGUAACUUUGAGGUGGAUUGCCAAAGCCUACCGGCUGUUUUAGCCUGCAGGACCAGCCAAACCGACUCCGCAGUGAUCUCCAAUACCUCAGAUAGCGGCUAUCAGCGGUCUCCUAAUCGCCUUCAGACCUGUGAUCGAAAUAGUUUUGUGUUUGACGCAAACGCCCCAUCAUCUCCCAGGUCACCUUGCGCGUGCCAGAGCUCCCUGGAUCCCCCUAUUCCCUUAAAGCAAGUGUCAUCGCCACGCCCAUCUGUUCCCCUUACGCGGAAAGCGAGUAUUAGAAGAGACAGUAUUCUUGUGUAAAUAAAUAUGACGUUUCCUGAGAGAGAGAAAACGUUCCAAUACGGAAAAAUGAACUUUUUUUCACCUCAUCACAUCCGGAACCUGUCAUUAUUUAUCGCAGGGGCGGAGGAGAAUCGGAAGAUUUUUAUUUAGACACGAUAAAGCUCACCUGAUCCUCCCAUAAGGCUAUGUCAUAUUUUCAUGAUCUUCCGCCAUUGGCAAUAAUUGCUAGUCAGUUUUCUAUAGUCCCUGUCUGUAUACUCUGUUGGCGUCAACUAAUUCCCUCUUUGAUCCUCCCCUGAAAACCGAGUGAAUGCCAGAUGAAAGCAAAGUUUGCCAAGUUUAGUUGAUAAAACCAAGAAUCAGUAAAGCUAACAGAUUUUGCGAAAAGGUUACUUAGCUUAAUUUUUCCUCUGUAUACAUGUAACAUGUGUUGAAUCUCAUUGUAGUUAAGGUUUAGAAAAAUGUUAAAGCAAGCAAUCACAUUGUUUCACAUGAAAGGAAUACACGAGUAAUCGUUAAGCAGGGUGAUGCUAACCCAUUAACCCCUAAGAGUGACUAGUUUCUAAUUUCUCCAUACAAUAUCACCAUGAAAUAAACAUUAACGUUACGAGAAUAAAGGAAA